UCUUAUGGGAGAUGUUGCGUUAUAUGACAUCCCUCACGCAUAUGCACCGUCCCUUUUUUUUAUAAAAUUUUUAAUCACGUCAUUCACCUCUAUAUAAGCAUGAGUGUGUUUUAAAGUGUAACACACAGCUUACGGAAGGAAACAAACACUUUUCUUACUAGUUCAUUCGAUCUUUCAAUCAUCCAAAAGAAAGAAUGGUAGGAUUUCUUGACACGCUAGUAUUUCUCGAGCAGGAUAACAAUGAGAGCCAAGAUGUUGAUAACUUGGUCAGUUUUGAAAAAGAUUGGGAUAAAAAUAAGGUGAUGCUGCUGUCCAACCAACCGCAUCACCUUAUUUCUAACAUCUCCUACCGUGCGGCGAAGCCGAAGUCAGAGGAACGUGACUAUAAAACGAAAAGUUUUGAACUAGCGCAGGUUGUGCGCGCCACAUGCCUUGAAAUCGAUGAACCCAGCAGCGACUCUUACUUGAAGGAUGUUUUGGGAAAAUACACCAAAAAAUGGCUUGAGAGGACCCACCACCAUUUAGGAUAUCCGAUAAAUUCGAACUUUGAUUAUAGUGUUCUGGGUGAACUGAAUCGUUUCUCAAUCAACAAUGUUGGUGACCCAUUUAUUGAAGGCGGUUAUGGUGUGCAAUCCAGGGACUUUGAAAUUGGUGUUUUAGAUUGGUUUGCAGAUCUUUGGGAGAUCAAGAAAGAUGAAUAUUGGGGAUACAUUACAAAUGGUGGAAGUGAAGGAAACCUUCAUGGCAUACUUGUAGGGAGAGAAGUAUUUCCUGAGGGAAUUUUAUAUACUUCAAAAGAAUCACACUACUCGGUCUUUAAAGCUGCAUUUAUCCUCCGAAUGAAAUGCAUUCAGAUCGAGACAUUAACUUCCGGGGAGAUUGAUUGUAAUGAUUUAAAGAAACAGCUUCUCCAAAAUAAGGAUAAACCAGCCAUCUUAAAUAUCAACAUAGGAACUACCGUAAAGGGUGCCAUUGAUAAUCUGGAUCUCGCCAUUCAAACUCUUAGAGAUUGUGGCUUCUCUCGUGAUCGAUUUUAUAUCCACUGUGAUGGAGCCUUAUCCAGUAUUAUGCUUCCAUUUCAGGAUCAAGUGCCUCGAGUAACAUUUAAAAAGUCAAUAGAUAGUAUCAGUGUUUCAGGCCACAAAUUUGUAGGAUGCCCUAUGCCAUGUGGUAUUCAGAUAGCAAGAAUAGAGCACAUGAAGGAACUUACUAAUGAUCAUGACUAUAUAGCUACAAGAGAUGCUACAAUAACGGGAAGCAGAAAUGGCCAUACACCCAUCUUCUUGUGGUUUGCCUUGAACCGCAAAGGGAAACAGGGGAUUCGGACUGAGGUUAAACAGUGCCUGGACAAUGCCGAGCAUCUAAAAGAGAGGCUUAAAGCGAUGGGAGCGAGUGUCAUGCUCAACAAGGCGAGCAUCAUCGUGGUGUUUGAGCGUCCUCCAGAGAAGGAAUUUAUAAAACGCUGGCAAUUAUCUUGCACAGGGAACAUAGCUCAUAUCUGUGUGAUGCCUCAUGUUACAUCAGACAAGAUUAAUGAAUUCGUUAUUGAGCUAAUUGAGAAACGUUCAACUUGGUACAAAGAUGGAGGCAAGCAACCUCCUUGUGUUGCUUCUGACAUAGGCAAGGAGAAUUGUGUUUGCCCUCUGCAUAAAUGAGAAAUCUGGUAGUGGGCACACCAAAAAAGUUUAUUUGUGUUUGUGUUUGUGUUUUAAUUUCAAUUCCUGCAAUGUCAUUGUUGGCAUAUUCCCACUAUUGAUGGGGGUAGAGUCUUCUGUAACUUAUCUUUAUUACUGUGUUAGGAUAGCUACAUGGUUUUAUUUACUCUUUCAGAGUAAAGUUUUACAUGUAGCAAAAAAUAUGUAUUUUAAGUUGCAAACUUUAUUUUCAGAUCAAUUUGAAUUCAAUAAACAAAGGUUGAGCGUUUGCAUGACUGAUUAAUUGAG